AUGUCUCUGUGCCAGAACCGUCUACAAGAGGAGCGAAAGCAGUGGCGUCGCGAUCACCCAUUCGGAUUUGUCGCAAAGCCCGCACGCAAUGCCCAGGGCGGCCUCGACCUGAAGACUUGGGAGUGUGCGAUUCCUGGCAAGCCCAACACGCUUUGGGAAGGUGGACUUUUCAAAAUGAAGGUGGCUUUCCCGGAUGAAUACCCUACCAAGCCACCAAAGUGCAAGUUUGACCCUGCCUUGUUCCACCCAAAUGUGUACCCUUCCGGAACCGUGUGUCUUUCGAUCCUCAACGAGGAAGAGGACUGGCGGCCCGCCAUCACCAUUAAGCAAAUCCUUCUCGGCAUCCAGGAUCUGCUCGACGACCCGAACCCCGAGUCGCCUGCCCAGGCCGACGCCUACAACCUGUUCAAGAAGGAUCGUCCUGCCUAUGAGCGCAAGGUGCGCCAGGUCGUUCGCGACAACCAGCCCAACUAA